AUGUGUGAGCCGAAGAGGGCUUCAGGGAACAUCGAGGUUCCUAAAGAUGUCUUUGAGAAGUAUCAAGCCAAGGGGGCUACACGGGAGAAGUUGUUUGAGGCGUUUAUCAAAACUGGUGGGGAAAAGGAGCAGUUUAUCAAGGUGGUUCAGUUGGAGAAAUCGGUUGAGCAAAUCAACCAAUUGGAGACUGAAGGGGGCUUUUACACAGAGAAGGAGAUGAAAGAUGUUUUGAAGUUCACAGUCAAUGAGCUUGAGCAGCACAUGGAGGAGAUCCUGCAAGUCUUGAACAAG